AUGAAACCAUACCUCCUAAAUCGAUCUGAGGAUACUUCAGUGCAGCAGUUUAGCCCCUCCGACCUGCAUAAUCUAGUGUCCUCAGGUAGCCUUGACAAGGAAACACCAGAGCUAAUAUUACCCGCCACAUAUGAGAUCCUCGUACAAGAGUUCCGGAAUUUAUGUAUCAACCAUGGCGAGAAGGACCACCAAGCCUUAAAAGAGGAGCAUUUCCCUUCCAUCUUGCAGGUUGACAUGUUACUCCAUCUCUUUCACGAUCGAUUCAUACCAGCACUGCCCAUUUCACACCACAUCACACGCAAUGUUAAUGAGUUUUGGCUUUUGACCCUGGCUAUGGCCGCCAUUGGUUGCCAGUACACUCGGACGCAAGAGUUCGAAUCUAUGGUAGCUCCUCUUCACGAAUUCCUCCGUAGAGGACUGCAACGAGAGAUGGAUUUAUCCUACGAUAAUCCCGAAGCUCAAAUUUACUACCUCAAAGCUUUGUUCUUAAGUCAAAUUUCCUGCUUUUACUACGGCGACAUGGCCAUGCGAAGGCAGGCUCUAAUCCACCGUGGCCUGUUGGUCCAACUCGCCGAGAGCUUGGGACUGUUUGCUGCAGAAACAAGACAGGUCCAUGAUGGAAGUGAUGCGGCAGAUAACGCACACACUCAAUGGCAGCAGUGGAUUCGGUUAGAAACAAAACGGCGCCUCGGUUAUUCUAUUUGGAUGCUUGAUCUGAUGGUCUUCUACCAUUUUGAUAUCCCACCGCUAAUGCCUCAUCGAGUUCCAGAAUCUGACCUGCCGCAUGACGGCUUAUGGACGGCUCCUAAUGAGCAUGAAUGGUUGGAGCUAUUUGAGCGAACCAGGCGGAAUCCUCCUCUGCCUCACGCAAUUAAGAGUAUAUUCCUACGGAAGAAGGUCAAGCCAGACUUAGGCGAGUUCGGGCGAAUACUGCUGCUUCAUGGGGUUUAUCAUGAGAUCUACCAGGUCAAAGCCUAUUUCCAACGGCCACUUUCAAAUUGGAUUCCCACUGCGCAGCAUGAGCCAAGUGUCUCAAAUCUUGCAAGUAGUCCUAGCAGCUCUUCUGAGCUGUCUGGUUCGCACCAGUGGCUUAGCGAGACGGCCACGUUUUCUGCUUGGAGAAGUGCUGCCCUGGAUUGUGUUGACGAGCUGCAUUGGUGGGCCAACGGAGUGAUAGCAAUACAGUCCGGAACGGAGCAUCCGACGGUUCAUCACCUGCACUUCUCGCGCGUGGUGCUCUUAGUUCCCGUAAAAGAAAUUCUGGUCUUACUGUUGUCUAUCACAAAGGACGCUGGGGAUGUAUCUCAACAAACUACUCCCGCCAAUGUUUAUAUGGCGGAACAGGAGGUCAUUCGGUGGGCACACCGUGACGAGGGCCGUCUGAACAUAGUCCAAGGCUCGACUGGCAGCUAUACACUGUGGAUGCGUCUUCUGGCAUUUGCACCGGAGGAGCCCGGCCAAAUGAGUGAAGAUGAAGAGGACGGUCAGGGUGCCAGUGCUGCCUCACUAGAAGAGGAGGACAACGGCCUCGAUGUUGAUGGAAUCGAGAACCCGGGAUUUAUAUGGCUAGACCGCCCGAACGACGACGAGAUGGUGCAAUAUUUUGUCCGGUCUGGACGACCGGUCAAUAUGAAGGCUUAUAUUUCCGGCGUGGGAGACAUCUAUGAAGCAAAAAGUCCCGCCAAGAUAUUGAGACACGGCCUACGCGUUCUGGAAUCUGUGGCAUUUGCUUGGGGCCGUGAUCGUGAUUAUGUCGACAUCCUCCAGAAGGCAGAGCGUGUUAUGCUAGGGAGGGGUGCUUGA